UGAACGCUGAACCAAGCACGAGUGAAAAUGUGAUCGUGAAGAAAUAAAGAACUAUUUCAAGUAUGUUUAUCUACCUGAGUAAGAAGAUCGCUAUCCCUAACUCCACCAAACUCAAGUGUGUAGGAUGGAACAGGGAACAGGGAUAUAUUGCUUGCGGAGGGGACGAUGGUUUACUCAAGGUAUUAAAGCUAGAGAGUGGGAAGGAUGGAAAAGUGAAGGGUUUAGCUGCUCCAAGCAAUCUCUCAAUGAACCAGACAUUAGAGGGACACAAUGGACAGAUUCAGGUGGUGACCUGGAAUGAAUCCCAUCAGAAGUUGACCAGCUCAGAUCAAUACGGUCUUAUCAUUGUCUGGAUGCUCUACAAGGGGUCCUGGUAUGAGGAGAUGAUUAACAACAGGAACAAAAGCGUGGUCAGGGGGAUGGCCUGGAAUACAGAGGGACAGAGAAUAUGUAUUGUUUAUGAGGAUGGUGCUGUAAUAGUAGGAAGUGUUGAUGGGAAUAGAAUCUGGGGAAAAGAAAUAAAGAAUGUUACCCUCGCAGGUAAAAAAAGAAUCAAUAGAAAGUGUAAAAAUACCAGGGAGAAGGUUGGAAUCAAGUGUUUAAAUAAUACUGGAGCAGGAAGUAGGGUUGUAACCUUGACCUGGUACAACGGUAAACACGGGCUAGCCAGCCCCGGUCAACCUACACUCCUCAUCUGCUACACAAACGGCCGGAUGCAGAUCAUGAAGGACGAGAACGACGAUGAACCGGUUCUGGUGGAUACUGGUAUCGCCGUGGCGGCGUGUCAGUGGAACCACGACGGUUCUAUCCUGGCGGUGGCGGGGCAGAUGGAUACACCGGGGGCGGCGGAGAAGGAUGCUAAUGUCGUUCAGUUCUAUGCUCCAGACGGAGAUCAUCUUAGAACUCUUAAGGUCCCAGGGAAACAAAUAACAUCUUGUGCCUGGGAAGGCGGAAGUUUAAGAAUCGCCCUGGCGGUUGAUUCCUUCAUUUACUUCGCCAAUAUCCGCCCCGACUACAAGUGGACCUUCUUCUCCAACACCGUGGUCUACACCUUCACCAAGGUGGACCGCCAGGAUGCCGCCGUAACCUUCUGGAACAUCAAGUCCAACGACAAGUAUCAGAAGCAUGUGAAGAGCCUGCUCAGUGUAUCGUCUAGUGGGGAGCACUGCGUCCUGGCAACUAAGAAUGAUGAUAACUUGAAUCCGUUCGGACUUAUCCUCUGUAAUAGUAUUGGUACUCCGGUAGACAGCAAAUAUAUUAAUAUUGAACCUGUUUUUGUUACAAUGUCUUCUAGUCAUGUUAUUGCUGCAUCAAGAAGCAGUGUUUUCGUCUGGCACUUUAGAACUGCUAAGUCCUGGACACACCUAACCUUAGACCUGGAGAAAUCAGGACGGAAAGAUCGAAGAGAACGUAUGUUUCAUAUUGAAGACAAUCCUACCGGACAGGAGAUCAAUAUGAACCCUGAAAGAAUGAAUGAGAAAUCUGAUGACCCAAUCUGCGCCCUGGUAGCGAGCGAGAAAACUUUAUUGAUUGGACGUGAGUCUGGAAGUAUCCAACGCUACUCUCUACCCAACAUUGCUUUGAUAAACCGAUACGAGGUUGGUGUUCGACCCCAUGCUCUAGCCUUGAACUGUAACACUACCUGCCUCUCAAUAGUGGAUGUGACCGGCCUGCUCCAGUUCCUUGACCUGGACGGAUCCCGGGGUGGGAACGAAGGAGAUAUUCUCAAGUUUGAAAGGAAGGAUGUCUGGGACAUGAAAUGGGCGACGGACAAUCCUGAUCUCUUCUCCAUGAUGGAGAAAACUAGGAUGUAUAUAUUUAGGAACAUGGAGCCGGAGGAACCCAUUCUUUCCUCCGGGUAUAUUUGUAGUUUCCAGGACCUAGAGAUCAAGGCUGUUCUCCUGGAUGAGAUACUCCGGGACCCGGAGAACCCCAGCUCCGACCUGGUUCUCGAACUUGAAGUGAAAUCUCUCCGUGAUACAAGGGAUUUACUGGAGAAGGUUGGGAUCAAGGAUGCCCAAACCUUUAUAGAGGACAACCCACAUCCCCGCCUCUGGCGGUUACUCGCCGAAGCGGCGGUGGAAGCCCUUGAUCUCACGACUGCCGAAACCGCCUAUGUCCGAUGCAAGGAUUAUCCAGGAAUACAGUUUGUGAAACGUUUGGCAAACAUUACGAACCCGACUAUUCAGAAGGGUGAGGUAGCAGCCUGGUUCGGUCAAUAUGAUGAGGCCGAGAAACUCUACCUGGAGGUUGACCGCCGUGAUCUAGCAAUAGGGUUGAGACGGAAACUGGGAGAUUGGUUCAAGGUUCUCCAGCUACUCAAGGGAGGUGGAGGAGGAACAGAUAAAGAGGUGGAGGAGGCCUGGAACUAUAUCGGAGACUACUACGCGGAGCGCCACAAGUGGGAGGAGGCUGUCCAGUACUAUGAGAAGUCUAGGAACGAAGAUCAGUUGGUGAGAUGCUACUACAUCUUGGAGGAUUACGACAGCUUGGAGAACAUGGUGGAUCAGCUACAAUCCGGUGAUAAUCUUCUCCCUAAGAUUGGCAGUAUGUUUGCCUCAGUAGGGAUGGGUAAACAAGCUGUUGACGCGUAUGUAAAGAGUAAUAAUAUUCCUGCUGCUAUUGAAACCUGUGUAACUCUAAACCAUUGGCAUGAUGCUGUAGAGCUUGCUAAGAAAUACAAUCAACCAAACCAGAUCUCAUCCCUCCUCGCUAAAUACGCCCAGCAUCUACUCGACGAGGAUAAAACAUUCCAAGCCAUAGAACUUUAUAGAAAAGCAAAUCAUUUUCUAGAAGGAGCACGACUUCUCUUUGUUGUUGCUAAGAAUGAGACUGCUAAACACUCUAGUCCAAUGCGUAUAAAGAAACUGUAUGUUCUGGGUGCUCUACUUGUAGAAGAACAUCAACAACACCUCCGUCAGACUACAAGUGGAGCAGGGAGCAGGAGCACUGCUCUCAUGGGGUUGAUGGAGAUGGAUGGGAUGGAUUCUACCGGAGCUUCUAAUAUUGUGGAUGGAGCCUGGAGAGGAGCUGAAGCUUAUCAUUUUCUUAUGCUCUGUCAGCGUCAACUGUAUGAGGGAUAUGUGGAUGCUGCCAUGAAGACUGCUCUGCAUCUGCGAGAGUAUGAGGAUAUACUGAACAACGAGGAUAUAUAUAGUCUACUGGCUCUAUCCUCAUGUGCUAACAGAGCGUUUGGAACAUGUAGCAAAGCCUUUAUUAAACUAGAAGGAUUAGAAGAACUAACGGAGGAGGAGAGAGAAGAGUAUCAAGAGCUUGCUAUGGAUAUAUUUGUUAAAUACAGCCCAAAGGAUUCUCGGUCUAACCGAGCAGAGUGUACAAGCUGUGAGACAAUGAUACCAGACUGGUGUGGAAGCUGCCCUAGCUGUGGAACCAAGUUCCCAGUUUGUGUGGUUACAGGUCGACCUCUAAUGGACUUAAGUUCAGUUUGGGCUUGCACUUCAUGCCAUCAUAGGGCGUAUGAGCAGGAUGUUGCAAUGAGAAGGAAUUGUCCUCUGUGUCAUGCUGCAAUAACAACACAUUAAAUUAAUAAUUUCAGUUUCUCUAAAAUUAAAGGGACUGCUCGCAAUUUUGAAAAUAUUCAAAUAAAUUUGUUAAAACUAUUUGAGGUUUCUUCUUUAAUGUUUAUUUUUUUGUAAAUUGCCAAAAAAAGAAGAAAUGAGAAACUUUUCAAAUGCUUUUAAAUGAUACGUAUCACGUACAAUAUCAACAUUUUCAAAAAUCAAGGCAAUCCCCUUAAUUUUUUCAUAAAUAUGAAUUCAUUUAUCGAAAUCAUAAUUAUUUACCUUUUUUACCUGAUUUAAAGAAAGACAUUUUUGACUGCACAUGUUAAUUUUAUUAUUUAUUGUUAAAUUAUUUUCUCUUCCUGUAAAACAGUACCUUAGUUGCCCGACCAAAAAUAUCGUCACAAAAUAAAAUAUAUUAUUUUUUUUUCUUAAAAAAAGAAGGCAUUA